CAUUCCUAUAAUAGUGUCUCCCUCGGACCAAAAGAGCACAAGUACUAGAACUGAACAGACAUUCUCUCUGGCGGGAAUAAGGAAAGUCCGCUGUACAUAAAGCUCUUAAAAUAAUGCUCCCUUAAACUCAAAAUCUUACGACAAUGUUUUGCUGGAUAAUGACGAGGAGCAUGCUCGCCGUCCCACGGUGGCGCUGUAUUUCCGUCCGUUCCCCCGCCCUUAACAACAACCUUCACCACCGGAGCUUCUUCACUCGGCCCUCUCCCCAACUUAUCAGCGAGUCCCAUCCAAUAUUUUGUGUCAAAGACCAGAAGCUUUCCACAAAAGCAUCUGAGAAAGUCAAGCUUUCAAGUAAUGAUCGCGAGGAGAAAGAUUUGAGUCACAUAUUGUGGUGGAAAGAGAAAAUGCAACUCUGCAGGAAGCCUUCUUCAGUUUCACUUGUGAAGAGGCUUAUGUAUAAUAACUUGCUUGGUGUGGAUAGUAACUUGAAGAAUGGAAGUCUGAAGGAAGGCAACCUUAACUGGGAAAUGAUGCAGUUCAAGUCAAAGUUUCCACGUGAAGUUUUGCUCUGUAGAGUUGGGGAUUUUUACGAAGCAAUCGGCAUUGAUGCCUGUAUUCUUGUGGAAUAUGCUGGCCUGAAUCCUUUUGGUGGUCUGCGUUCGGACAGUAUUCCAAGAGCUGGGUGUCCUGUCAUGAAUUUAAGACAGACACUGGAUGACCUGACACGCCAUGGCUUCUCUGUUUGCAUAGUGGAGGAAGUUCAGGGUCCCACUCAAGCUCGUGGACGCAAAAGCCGUUUUAUUGCUGGGCAUGCACAUCCCGGCAGUCCUUAUGUUUUUGGACUCGUUGAAGAUGAUCGCGAUCUUGAUUUCCCCGAGCCCAUGCCUGUAGUUGGUACAUGCAUAUCUAGUUUUCGUACCAUUUUAGUUUGUUUGCAUCCAUCGGGAUUCACUGAAAGUUUCCCUUUUGGCAUUGGGUCCUUUUCAGGUAUUUCACGUUCAGCAAAGGGCUAUUGCUUAAUUUUGGUGCUCGAAACUAUGAAGACCUAUUCUGUCGAGGAUGGUCUGACGGAAGAAGCCCUAGUUGCGAAGCUGCGCACUUGCCAAUGCCAUCAUUUGUUUCUGCAUUCUUCGUUGAAAAGCAAUUCUUCAGGUACUUGUCGCUGGGGAGAGUUCGGUGAAGGUGGCCUUUUGUGGGGAGAAUGUGCUGGUAGACAUUUUGAAUGGUUUGAUGGCAGUCCAGUCAAUGCACUUUUAUGCAAGGUGAUGGAACUGUAUGGUAUGGAUGAAGUUGUUGAGUUUCGAAAUGUGACAGUUGCUUCUGAUAACAGACCCCGGCCUUUGUAUCUCGGAACAGCCACACAGAUAGGUGCCAUACAGACUGAAGGAAUUCCUUCUUUGCUGAAAGUGUUGGUUCCACCUACUUGUGUGGGACUCCCUGUCCAGUAUAUAAGAGGACUUCUCCUAAACCCUCCUGCUUAUGAGACUGCAGUUACAAUUCAGGAAAUCUGCAGGCUGAUGAACAACGUGACUUGCUCAAUUCCGGAGUUUACUUGUUUUCCUCCUGCUAAGCUUGUAAAAUUACUUGAACUGCGGGAAGCUAAUCAUGUUGAGUUUUGCAAAAUUAAAAGUGUGGUUGAUCAAAUACUUCAAAUGAGUACAAAUUUAGAGCUCAACAAAAUUCUGAAGUUAUUGAUGGAUCCUACUUGGGUAGCGACUGGAUUAAAGAUUGAAUUUGAGACACUAGUAAAUGAAUGUGAGUUGGUGUCAAGAAGAAUUGGUGAAAUUGUCUCUUUAGAUGGUGAGACUGAUCAAAAGAUCAGUUCUUUUCAAAACAUUCCAAAUGAAUUUUUCGAAGACAUGGAGGCUUCAUGGAAAGGACGUGUGAAGAGAAUCCAUCUGGAGGAAGAAUUUCUUGAAGUUGAAAAUGCAUCUAGAGCUUUAUCAUUGGCAGUUUCUGAAGAUUUUGAUCCGAUUAUUACAAGAAUAAAAGCAUCAUCAGAUUUAAGUAGAGCAAAAGGAGAGGUGUUAUAUGCUCGUGAGCAUGGAUCUGUAUGGUUCAAAGGAAGACGCUUUGAAGUGCGAAUUCCAGCUGGAACUCCUGGGGAAGAACAGAUCAAUAAACUCAAAUCUGCUCUCGAUUCGAAAGGUAAAAAGGUUGGAGAAGAGUGGUAUACAACUAUGAAGGUGGAGGAAGCAUUGUCAAGAUACCAUGAUGCAGGAGCAAAGGCAAAGUUGAAGGUUAUGGAUUUAUUACGAGAACUUUCCUCUGAGCUACAAACGAAGAUCAAUAUCCUAGUCUUCGCAUCAAUGUUGCUUGUCAUUUCAAAGGCAUUAUUUUCUCACGUGAGUGAAGGGCGAAGAAGGAAAUGGGUGUUUCCCUCUCUCACCAAAAUUUCCGAGCCAGAGGAUGCAGAUUCUUGGAAGACAGAUAGUCGUAUGAAGAUAACUGGCCUAUCUCCAUAUUGGUUUGAUGUAUCACAAGGGCGGUCUGUAGAUAACACUGUUGAUAUGCAAUCGUUGUUCCUUUUGACGGGGCCAAAUGGAGGUGGUAAAUCGAGCUUGUUGCGCUCAAUUUGUGCUGCUGCCUUACUGGGAAUCUGUGGUUUUAUGAUACCAGCACAAUCAGCUAUAAUUCCGCAUUUUGAUUCCAUUACCCUUCACAUGAAAUCUUAUGAUAGCCCUGCUGAUGGAAAGAGUUCUUUUCAGAUUGAAAUGUCUGAACUUCGUUCUAUAGUUGCUGGAGCCACUUCAAAGAGCCUUGUGCUCAUCGAUGAGAUAUGUCGAGGAACUGAAACUGCAAAAGGAACGUGUAUUGCUGGAAGCAUUGUCGAGACACUUGAUGCCAUUGGUUGUCUGGGCAUUGUAUCUACCCACUUGCAUGGAAUUUUUGACUUACCAUUGAAAACAAAGAAUGUUGUGUACAAAGCUAUGGGAUCUGAGUCUGUUGAUGGUCAAACUAUACCAACAUGGAAAUUGAUUGAUGGAAUUUGCAAAGAAAGUCUUGCUUUUGAAACAGCUCGAAGAGAAGGAAUCCCGGAAAAUUUAAUUCAAAGAGCCGAGGAGUUGUAUCUUUCUGUUUAUGCCAACAGGCCGAUUUUAGAAAAGGGUAUAAAUGGAGUUACUUCUAAGGACGACGUCUCUAUCUCUGAUAAAGAUACUCAUCUACAAAGCAAUAUCAAGAAAGCCACUCCUUCAAAAAUUCAAUCAGCAAACCGCAUUGAGACCCUUAGGAAAAAAGUGGAAAGUGCAGUCUCAUCUAUCUGCAAGAAAACUCUUAGCGAGCUCUAUGAGAAGGAAUAUUCACAGGAACAUCCGUGCUUGACCUGUGUUUUGAUUGGUGCGAGGGAGCAACCACCCCCAUCUACUAUUGGUGUUUCAAGUGUCUAUGUGAUGCUUUGUCCCGACAGCAAAAUAUAUAUUGGACAGACUGAUGAUCUCGAGGGCCGGAUCCGUGCUCAUCGGUCUAAGGAUGGAUUGCAGAACGCCUCAUUUUUGUAUUUUCUAGUCCCCGGAAAGAGCAUUGCUUGCCAACUGGAAACUCUCCUCAUUAAUCAGCUCCCAGAAAGAGGUUUCCGACUCAGUAAUGUAGCUGAUGGCAAGCAUCGAAAUUUUGGCACCUCUACUCAUUCCGCGGAGAGCAUAAUGAUGCUGAGAUGAAAUUCGUCUACUAACAUGGUGCUCAACUUGUGUACAGUGUAGGAAUUUGAUGUAUGCAAUUCGAAUCUGCACGGGAACCUUUUGUUAGCAAGAUGACCAUUGUCAGUCACUGAUAACUGCAGUGGCUGCAACAAUUUUGUAUAGUAGAAGUUGCUCCAUUGCAGUUCAAUAGGCAAAGAUGGAUUUGUUGUAGCUUUUGGUUCAAACACCAAUUUCCGUUCUUAAUGAAAUCAUGAUAUUUCAU